AUGGUGCCCCGGCAGGGCCGGCAGGGGGCGGUCACGGAGCCCAGGGCUCGUCUGCACGACAAAGGUAAGCAGCACGCUUCUGGCUACGUCCGAUGUCUGCGUUCUCUUGACGCUCAUGCCCUUGCCAUGCGGCAAGGGACAGACACGACAACGGCACCAUGCCAGCCUUGGCUCAGCAGCGACCAAGCAUCCCAGGAGAGACUAGCCUACUAUCGGUCCUACACGGAUAAACUGCUUGGCUUUAUCUCGCACAGCGACCCGGAGACGCUGACUCGCCUCAUCUCCGUCAUCCGCUCGGGCGCUUCGGACGCUCAGAUCCUCGACACCAUCGACCGGCUCUCCCCCCAGUCUGGUAGCCAGCGAAAUGGAGUGCCCAGGCGUUCCCAGUGA